CAUCGACCGACCCGACCAAAAUGGCAGCGCUCAUGACGGCUGCUAUUGUUUCUCCAACUCAUUAUGAUCCAUCCUUUAAAGUUGAUGUUCAGCUGCAUGAACCACUGCUAUCAAGGGCAGUUACUCCUCAAGAUGUGCGCAUAGAGAUGAUCUCCCUUUGUUUCCAGUUUGAAACGCUGUGUAAGAAGGAGCUUGCAGAGCAAACCAGCAUAAGAAAUGGCCAUGUAAGCAACUCAUUUAUUGACAGAGCCACAGUUGUAUGUGAUAGAAUGAGUCGCCUACUUGAAAAGGUCCCACCUGAAUUCCAAGACUGCCUGAGGUAUAUCUACAGUCAAGGCUUGGACAAGUUGUUUCCCAGAACUGUUACCUACCUGGCCAGUCCUCGCACAUUCGCUCUGGAUAAUGAGAACUCCACUUUAGAUAAUUAUUUGAACAGUGUGUCACAGCUAGGGCAGAUGUCCACAUUGGCACGGCAGCUUCACAACGACUGUGCCAAUCCUUCCUCACAUAAAUACAUAGCACAUCAGCUGGCUUUACUCUAUCAAACCCUGACCAGCCUGAAGAGCCCAGUGUUUGCCCAGCACAAGCAGAGUAUUGAGGGCAUGUUUAAGCCUAUCAAGGCCACACUGGCCCAGUCAGAUGAGGACAUGAGGAGGUGUCUCACAGAGGAGCAGCAGGAAUGGUUACUGAAUCUGACGAGCCAUAUACUGAACAUUCUGAACACAUUUCCUGCAGAGCUAACCCAGGACAUGGUGCUACCUGCCACAGUGUUGCUGAAGAAUACGUCUUCAUGACAACACUACAUGCAACCAUUCUGGUCACCAUGGAUAAAUGAACCGCGUGUUGUGAAAACUUGACUAAAUGCAUGUGCAUAAAAUCAUAAAUGUCAUCCCAGAUCAGCCUGUGCAGUCUUCACAGGCUAAUCAGGGAAAACACUUUCAGCUUUAAUGGAAUUUUUGGUUUCAAGAGUCUCUUCUGCACAAAAAUCCAGUUUAGGUGGAAAGUGUCAUCCCUUAUUAGCCUGUGCAGACUGCACUGACUAAUCUGUGACGACACUUCACACAUGCAUUAAGCCCAGUUUUCCCAGAAUCCGGCUUAUAUAUAUGUUUUGAUAAGCAAGGUUGAGUUCUGGUACAUGACAUCCUGUUAUAUAUCAUGGCAGAAAGUGCUUCAAAAUGAAUAAGAAUGUACAUGUAUAUGUGUUCUGAUUUUUUGAACAAUCAGUUUCAUGUAAUUUAAUGUCAAAGUCUUAUUUUUACAAUUGUGCAGUGGUAGUGGUAACAAUUUUAUGUGUAGCAUUGAAACCGAGUUUGUUUAUUCUUUAUCAGAUUUUACUUUAAAUGUACAAGUCAGGAUGUGUAUACUUGACAUUGGUUGGUUUCAAUAUAAUUAUAUUGAGAAGCUGCAUGCACAAGAUAAUUGUUAACUGUUGACAUUUCAUCAGUAGAUACUCUUCACAGAUUUGGUUGAACAUAAUUGUAUGUUUUUUUUUUAAGUGGUUAAUAAGGCUUUCAUAAUCUGCAUCCAAGCAUGUUAAGAAUUCAGUUGUGUUCCCAGUAUAUCUGUAUCUAUGAAUAGAUACAUUAUAUUAUUGUGUGGUUUGAGUGUACCAAUUAGUUGAAGGAUUGUUAGAUUAUGAUUCAAUUUGAGAAGAAUUUGUUUAUAAUGAGGAAGUACCAAUCCCACAUUUUACUGUAAAUCUAUCUUUAAAUAUCUUUUGAGGGUUUAUUUUUUAAUGUUUUUCAGUAGGCCUUUGACAAAUAGUGUUUUUUUUAUUUAUUUAAAAUAUUGUGAAUGAGCCAAUGAACAAGUUGUAUAUUGAUUUUGAUGUAUAACAGGAUUUAUUCUAGGAUUUGUUAUAAUGGUUUAUGACCAAUGGUCAACUGUUCUGUAUAUUAAACCAUAUGGUAAACACAAUUCAACAAGUAACUGCUGGUUUGCAUUGUCUACUUAUGUUACCCAUGUGCUAAACAAUACUUUCCACUUUCUGGUAUAAUAUUAGGUCAAGUUCUGCUUGCACUUAAUGUCUUAGUUGUUUAAGGGACAAUACUUCCUAUUUGCUGACUCAAUAUUAAUUAAAGUUCUGCCUGCAAUGACAAUACUUUCCAUAUGAUGGCCUAAUAUUAGUUAAAGAACUGUCUGUACUACUUUAUUAUUAUAAUAUAAAUAGCCAUAUUGUUUCCCAUUAAUUUUAAUUUUCCUAUUCUAAAUAUUUUGUUUCAUCCUUGUUAUGAUUUUAAGUUGCUUUGUGCACUUAAUCGUGAUCAUUUUACAUGUAUUUAUAGUGCUAUAGCUGUGUUCAUGCAUUGUUUAGUACAUGUAAAUGUUUUACAUUUGUUACACAUUUCUGAUCUCUGUGUAACAGUAUUUUUAGCUCGUCUGUUUUCGAAGAAAACCCGAGGUAUUGUCAUAGCCAGCUCGUCCGCUGUCCGCAUUGUGCUAAAACCUUAACAUUUUGUCAAGGUUUUUAACAUUGGCUAUAAAAUCAAAGUGCUUCCACCUACAACUUUGAAACUUCUUAUGUAGCUGCGCCUUGAUGAGUUCUACGCGCCUAUCCCAUAUUUGGGUCAAAGGUCAAGGUCACUGUGACCUUUAAAAAAAAACAAAUUUCUGACAAGCUUUCAUUUUAUAAAAAAUGCACCCGCAGCCGAGCGUUGGCACCCGUUAUGCGGUGCUCUACUUUUAUUUGUGCACCAGUGCUUUAUUUAGACAUCAUUUUUCCGUAUCAUUCAGCUUUCAGCAUUUGUGUUCUACUGGUUUUAUUGAAAUGCACCCCAGUGUAAUAUAUCUAUGAUAAAAAGCACAUUAAACUUUGCUUAAAACA